AUGCAAGCUGUUGUUUUCAAGGGCCCGUCGAAGGUAGCCAUCGAGCAAAAGCCCAUCCCACAGAUCCAAGAUCCAACAGAUGUCAUUCUGAAGGUGCGAUACACUGCGUUAUGUGGCAGUGAACUCCAUGUCUUUCGCGGCCAUCAAAAGUCCGGCACAGAGUUUAUCAUGGGCCAUGAGUUUACAGGUGAAGUUGUCGAGCUUGGAUCAGACAUCAAAAACUUUAAAAAGGGAGACCGAGUAGUCUCACCCUUCACUGCGAGCUGUGGGGAGUGCUUCUACUGCGAGCGUGGCUUCUCCUCUCGGUGCGCUCGAAGCCAGCUAUUCGGCACUGUUGCACUUGAUGGCGGACAGGCGGAGUACGUACGUAUUCCACUAGCCGAUUCGACUCUCGCCACAGUCCCAGCUUCAAUCGACGAGAAGAAGCUGGUUCUUAUGGCCGAUAUAUUCCCCACCGGGUAUUUUGCUUCUCUGAAUGCUUUCUCUGGCACAACACCGGAGGAGAUUCAAAAAAGCACGGUACUCCUCUUUGGCUGUGGCCCUGUGGGUAUCUGCGCACUUAUCAGUGCCCUUGAUUACAAGCCGAAGACUCUGAUUGCAAUCGAUAGUGUGCCUUCCAGACUAGCACUUGCACAGAGUCUAGGAGCUGAACCUUGGAAUUUCAAAGAGAACGAAGAAGGGCUGCGCCAAAGGGUAAAGGAUCUUACUGACGGUCGUGGGGCGGAUAUUGUUAUCGAAGUCGUCGGACAUAGUAGUGCUCUCAGGAUGGGAUUCGAUUUGUUACGCCCCUGGGGCCGGAUAUCGAGUGUGGGUGUCCACAAUCAGGAUAUCCCGUGGACUGGGAAUGAAGCCUACGCAAAGAACCUUCGUCUACAGAUGGGCCGGUGCCCUGUUCGGAGUAUCUUUGGUCCGGCCAUGGACCUCUUCGAAAAGAAGCAGGACAUCCUCAACUUCAUGUCUCAAGAUAUCCGUCCGCUCUCACAGGCUGUUCAGGCAUAUGACGAUUUUGAUAACAUGCGGGCUCACAAGGUGAUUUUUGAGGCGGAUAAGUGA